CCUGAAUGUGGAUUUUUCGGGAUGUACGAGAAGAUCCUGCUCUUCCGUCACGACCUGAACUCGGACAACAUCCUGCAGCGUCUGACCUCAGCGGACGAGAUCCACGAGGGAGACCUGGUGGAGGUGGUGCUCUCAGCUCAGGCCACAGCCGAGGACUUCCAGAUCCGACCCCACGCGCUCUACGUUCACUCCUACAAGGCGCCGGCCUUCUGCGAUGACUGCGGCGAGAUGCUGUGGGGGCUCGUCAGGCAGGGCCUCAAAUGUGAAGGAUGUGGACUCAACUACCACAAACGAUGUGCGUUCAAGAUCCCAAACAACUGCACAGGCGUCAGGAAGAGACGGCUGUCCAACGUGUCCCUGCCGGGCGCCAUCAUGUCCAUCGCUCGCCCUCCUUCCACCGAGUUCACCCCGAUCCCACAGGAGGAGCGCCCCCUGCUGGGUGCAGGGAAGCGUAACUCCCUGCUAAGCGGUCGUCCCAUCUGGAUGGAGAAGAUGGUCCUGGGUCGGGUCAAAGUCCCGCACACCUUCUCCGUCCACACCUACACCCGCCCCACCAUCUGCCAGUUCUGUAAGCGCCUGCUGAAGGGACUGUUCCGUCAGGGCAUGCAGUGCAAAGAUUGUAAAUUUAACUGUCACAAGAGAUGUGCGGCCAAAGUUCCUCGAGACUGUCUCGGUGAGGUCGACUUUAAUGGAGAACCAACCAGUCCCAGUCCGGACUCUGAGGUGACCAUGGAGGUGGAUAUCUGUGACGGGAACAGCGACGGCGGUCACAGCAUGGAGGAGCAGGACGAGCUGUCCAACGCCGACGACAAACUCUUCUUCAUCGAGGGUCCGUGCACGGACGGCGAGAAGGACGACGAGACGCUCAGAGCCAUCAGCCCGUCCACCAGCAGCAACAUCCCUCUGAUGCGAGUGGUUCAGUCCAUCAAACACACCAAGAGGAAAAGCUCCACGAUGGUCAAAGAGGGCUGGAUGGUUCACUACACCAGCAGAGACAACCUGAGGAAGAGGCAUUACUGGAGGCUGGACAGCAAGAGUCUGACUCUGUUUCAGAAUGAAAGCGGAGCCAAGUUUUACAAGGAGAUCCCUCUGUCUGAGAUCCUCCAGGUGGAGCCGGGUCAGGACUUCGGGAACCUCCCCCAGAGCAGCAACCCUCACUGCUUCGAGGUGAUCACAGCCAGCAUGGUGUACUACGUCGGGGAGGACACCGGCAGCCUGCACCACAACCCCGUCCUGUCGGCCUCUGGCGUGGGGCGAGACGUGGGCCAGAGCUGGGAGAAGGCCAUCCGACAGGCCAUGAUGCCCGUCACGCCCAAGGCCAGCGUCGGGACCGGGCCGGGCAAGGGGAAAGACCACAGUGAGUAUACCUAAAAACUGCAACCGUAGACCCCCUGCAUGCUCUGUCUGACCUCAGGUGGGUUUAUUUUUAGGCCAAAAGUGUUCCUGAAGUCAGAGCAGCAUCACAUCCGGACUCUGCAGGUCUGAGGGGUCCGUCUGACAUUUAAAGGUGGACUUGAAUGAGUUUUAUUGACUCACAGAAAAGAGGAGUAUCACCUGACCCGUCCUCUAAAGAGUAAACAUCCUUUAAAGCAUCCCGGAGGACCUAAAGGGUCCUAAACCAGAUCCCUGAGGGACUCCACCAGGGUUCAAGAUCGGUCACCGUCCAAUCAGUCCAGAUGGGUCCUGUUCCUGUGCUCUGCAGAGCGUGUGAUCGUCAGGACACCCAGGAAUAGAAAUCAGAUUCAGGAGGAGAGAUUAACUGAGUACUGAUUAAAGCUCCACAAUUAAUCACCACUUCAUCUUCCUGCUGACGCCGGGACAGAAACACCGCUCUGACACGUCCCACUGAAAACAGGACCUUUGGAUCAGACAGCAGCAAUCCAUUAACUAAAGAGGGAAGGAAGAAAAGAGAGAAAGAAAGGAAGA